GAUCAUUGUGUCAUAAAUAACACAUAAUGUUACACCACAAAUAGCAUUUACUAUCAUCAGUAGAAAUUCAUGUUUAUCAUUUCGUAGGCCCUUUAAAGAACAAUGACACAGUCUUAGUGGAUAUACAUCUGGAAGGGGCGACGUUACCGUGACAAUAAUCUGCUGGUUUGGUACAAUACAUCUGCCAUUAUUAUAUCAAUUUCUCUUUUGGUUACCUAAUACAAUGUAAAUGAUCAAAAGCUCUCAAACAGCUACUAAAUGGACCCUGUGGUGAGGUUGUCAAAUACAAACUGCUGCUUUGCCAGGAAAUACACUGAACAUUUCUGAAAGAACCAUGUAUCCAUUCUAGAGUUACAAAUAUUCUAAUUUAACAUAACAUAAAUUACAAGUGCCUGAAUACGGUUUGUUUGUUAAAUCCACAAAGUGAGCACCUUCCUUUUAUGUAAACAUUACACAUGUAAUCCAACUCACACAGAGGUACAGAUGCUGCAAGCUCGCACUUGUACUUGAAAACAUGAUUGUGUCAAUCACAUUAUGCAUAACUUUAUAACAGCUCAUGUUGAUUUGACUUUUUUCACAGGUGAAAUUGAAUUAAGCCAAAGUAGUAUCUGUUCCCUCUCUAAUUUGGUUAUGACCAAGUGGGUAUUGUUCUUCAAAUGGAUAAUGGCGACUGGGGCCAUAGGAUGAGUACUCCUGUUACGUUAAACGUGGGAGGCAACCUGUACACCACCAGUUUAUCUACCCUGCAGCGAUAUCCAGACUCCAUGCUGGGUGCCAUGUUCCGGGGAGAUUUCCCCACUACUCGUGAUUCUAAAGGAAAUUAUUUCAUUGAUCGCGAUGGGACACUUUUCCGGUACAUCCUGAACUUCCUGCGGACGUCUGAGCUUACCCUCCCCUUGGACUUCACAGAGACAGACCUCCUGAGGAAAGAGGCGGACUUCUACCAGAUCGAACCUUUGAUCCAGUGCCUUAACGAUCCCAAGCCACUGUAUCCUCCUGACAUCUUUGAGCAGGUCGUUGAGCUCUCCAGCACUCGGAAACUGUCAAAAUAUUCAAACCCAGUCGCCGUUAUCAUCACACAGCUAACCAUAACCACAAAGGUUCACGGCCUGCUGGAAGGUGUUUCCAACAAUUUCACCAAGUGGAACAAACACAUGAUGGACACCAGAGACUGCCAGGUGUCGUUCACCUUCGGACCAUGUGACUAUCACCAAGAGGUGUCCCUAAGGGUUCUCCUCAUGGACUACAUCAUGAAACAAGGCUUUACCAUCCGCAACACGCGUGUGCAUCACAUGAGUGAGCGUGCAAACGAGAACACGGUGGAGCAUCACUGGACUUUCUGUAGACCAGCUCACAAGGUUGAAGACUGAGUUAAAGCACAGUUGUUGUGGGUGACAUUGCUGUUUGAUUUGUCUUCAUAUUACACAUGUCCUGAUCAAACAAGAACACAUUUUGACCUCUGUUUCAGUUGUGUUUCACGAAUAAUGAUUUUGGUUUCAUAUUUUGAUCAAUGUGGUACAGUGCCACAAGGCUCGAAGUCCACACAGAUGGCAUUACAACUAUGAAAAUGUGAAUUCUUGAUUUAUUCACCUCUUUGAGUGCAAGCACACUUUCUUAUCUAUGCCACCACUACUUAUUUGGUGUUACUUGAAAAUAAAAUUCUUCAUUGAGGUUAAGGUCUACAAAACAAAAAUGUUUUAUUAUGAAGCAGAAAGACCCUAUACUAUAGCAAUGAUUUUAUUGAUUAUAUUUAUUUAGGGACACAAUGAUGCUUAAAUGUGAGAAAUUAAUUUUUCUAGCAAUAAUGUGAUUUAAUGUGGUUCCGGUAACUGGAGUCAGUAAUAAAGUGAUUGUAAACAGGUAGCCAUGAUUUAAGACUCUAUGCCCAUAUAUUGUCUUAUCAAAUCUACGUCUUAACAUGCAUUAAUAUGCAUUUAGAUCCCAAUUUGAGGGGGAAAAGGGAAAUUGUAAAAGGUUUGUACCUCGUACAUAAGCUGUAUGGAUGUUUGGGACGCAGACACUCGAUAGAAUCUUUUUGGAUCCUGAGUUGUCAGGAGUAAACCUUUUUUUAAUAAUACAUUAUAUUAUCUUUAGCCCAAUUUACAGUAGAUCUUAAGUUAGUUAGCUCUCUUAUCUCCUUGUAUGGUACUCUUUUUGAAGACCCUCGUUGCAUGUGUCUGGGUGUCUUGUGUUUGUAUAUGUAUUUGUGGGCUUUGCAGCAUUCUGUUAUACUGAUACAGUUUAGAGCUCAUAUCAACAGUGAUGUAUUUGGUCAUUUCAGCCAAAAAUAAACCCAUUUGUGUAUUUGUCAGUC